CGCGAUAAUAUAGCCGCUAUGAUCAUACGCGGAUCUAGACAACAUUCGGACGUAAAUAUACUUACUUUUCUCUCACCACUCUCCCAGCGAUUAAUUUACUUCUUAAUUCCCGUACAGAUGUUAGUGGCCGCGAACCGAUAUGUGCGCGUUAAUACCUAAACUCGCUUCAAUUGUUCGCACAUCGUGAAAUUUUUUACUCGAUUUGAUCGGUGAAAAAAUAAAGUUUUAAGGGAUGUGAAUACCCUAAACUGUGUUCCUUUUUUAACGAUAUGAAGUGUUGAGUUUUGUGUAUGUGAUUCGAAAAAUAUUUUUUAAAAAUCCGUCGUGUAAAAAUGACAUCUCAUGCUUUAGUAUUUUUUGCGGCUGUUGGCUUCACGUGGUUUUUGUGGUUGAUAACGGAUAUCAUAUGGGAGCUUUUGAUUGGAUUAAAAGCGCACGUGUUACCAUUCCUGAAAUCUGCCACUGUCGACUUGAGUGCUAAAUUUGGAUCGUGGGCAGUUGUUACAGGUUCAACCGAUGGUAUUGGAAAAGCAUACGCGAAAGAAUUGGCCAAACGAGGAAUUAACAUCGUUUUAAUAAGCAGAAACUUUGAAAAGUUAAUGAAAGUGGCUUCAGAAAUACAAGCUGAUUACGGCGUGAAAACGAAAAUUAUCGUGGCUGAUUUCAGUAAAGGGCAGACAGUCUACGAACACAUAGAACAAGAAUUAAAAGAUAUUCCGGUAGGAAUACUAGUGAAUAAUGUCGGAAUGAAUUUCUCUUAUCCGAUGUACGUUACCGAGAGUCCGGCUCAAGGAUUGUGGGAUAUUUUAAACAUUAAUUGCGGAGCUACCACUCUGAUGACUAGGAUGAUAUUACCUCAGAUGCAAAAGCGUCAAAAAGGGGCUAUUGUAAAUGUAUCAUCUAGCUCAGAAUUACAACCGUUACCUCUCAUGUCUGUGUAUGCAGCUUCUAAGGUAUUCGUGAAAAGUUUCACGGAAGCGUUACGCUUCGAGUACCAAAAGUAUGGAAUUACCGUGCAGCAUUUAUCGCCGUUAUUUAUAAAUACAAAAAUGAACGCAUUUAGUUACCGUUUACAAGAAACCAGUUUAUUUGUGCCAGAUUCAGAAACAUACGCUAAAAACGCUGUAAAUACGUUGGGCGUAGUGGACCACUCGACAGGAUAUUGGGCCCACGGUGUACAGUAUUUUUUCAUAGUCAUGUCUCCGGUUUGGAUGCGGACCGCGAUAGGCGGAUUUAUGAAUCAAAUUUUCCGAAAAGACUACUUCUCGCAAAAUAAAAAACUCGAAAAAACUGUUAUGUAAAUAAUUAAUAAUUUUAUAUGAUAGAAUAAUGCAUUUGUUAUAAUUUUAAUUUUGUAUUAAUUUAUUUUUCUGUUUGUUGAAAGAACUCUUUAAGCCAUAAUUUAAAUGUAAAAUUGUGAUUUAAAAGUAAAUAGUCAAUAUGAAUAAUGUUGAUUGUAAUUUAAUGUGGCCAUUUUUUUUUUUUUUUUUUAGUUUUUAUGAAAAUAAAUAUCUAUGUUAUUAUUUUCUUACAA